GUGUGAUCUCUCAGACCUCCUCUGCUGACUCCUACAUCAUGCAGCUCACCUCAAAGACAAAACGCAACAUUUUAGAAAAGAUCAAAAAUGUGUAGUUAUAUAGCACAUUGUGCUGAGUUUGGAAAGAAGGCUGGUGAUGUGCAGAAAACAAUGCAAACAUUUUUGAUGUCUCUGUCCUUUUUCCAAGUUCUGAUAUGUGUGACAAUGAAGAGCAAGGCUGAAAGUGUUUUUACUGGAACAGAAGGAGGCAGUGUGGAUAUCUCCUGUAAAUAUGAUGAUGGAUAUCAGUAUACACCCAUGUACUUCUGUCGUGAUCCAUGCACUUCUUCUCAUGUCUUAAUUCGAUCUGAGAAGGCUGAUAUGGUCGACUCUAAGGGAAGAUACACUGCACUAAACACUGUCUCUGCACGUCGCUUCUCUGUCACCAUCAGACACCUCACAUUAAAGGACUCUGGAGUUUAUUACUGUGGAGUGGACAAAUGGGGCUUUGACAAGUUGACUAAAGUAAAGCUUACUGUCAGUAAAGCAGUUCCUACUAUAUCUACAUGUGCCCCAGUGUCCAGGCAGAAUCAAAGCCCUGAAGUUACAGAGUUUCCCCGUGCCACCACAGUGAUUACUGCAGGUAGAGACCAUAAACACAUUUAUAUCUUUUCAGAUAGUUCCACAUUACAUGAACAAGCAUCAUCCACAGCUCCACCUCGGCAUGCUUUAGACCCACUUGGACAGCUGCUUGUUGUCUGUGGAGGGGUGCUGGGCCUAAUGCUGUGCUGUGUUCUUGCAGCUCUGGUGAUUCUCUAUAGGAAAACAUCCACAAACAUCACAUCUUUGAAACCGGCUGCUCCUGAAAUCCAUAUUUCAAAUCCACCACCUGAUCACGAGGACAUUUGCCAUGUGUAUGAUGAGAUGUUGGCUGUGUAUAGUUUAGCUGGUCCAGCUAUAGGAGAUGAUUCUUCAGCCACGUACAGCACCAUUCAGCUCCCUGCUCCAGUAGAUAAUGAUUGCAGUCCAAACUCUCUUGUAGCUCCUCACUGAAAACAGUUACAGCACCCUAUAUAUGUGAGGUGUAUCAUACACAAAGGUAAAAACCAUUCUGUGGAUUUCAAGAAAAUAAGGACUCUUGGGGACACAAGUUUUCUUUUUAGCUGAUUACUAUCUUAUUUACACUUCUACUGUAUAUUCCUCACAUAUUUAAACAACUAACAAGACUUGAAAUGACUUACUGUUCAUUACAAGCACGUUAAAGAUAAACCUGAACUUUCUAAAACAUCCUGUGGCAAACUGAUACAUAGGCUUCUACCCUGUACUUCCGGUGUGAAUGCAUGGCUUAUUAUGACUCGCACCUCUUAUGCAGAUGUGCAUGUAAUGAUUAUGCAUAGUGAAAGCACACUUAGCUUAACUAAGAAGCUGUAUGCAUUGACUGCCCACUGGUACUAAUGUUUCCUAACAUCAGAGUAAAUGUUCCAUGAUUACACCUACAUGAAGUAACUGAACUGUGAGAUGCUCCACAGUGAAAUGGUAAAUUCACCUCACUGAAAAACCAGAGGUGGUGUUCACAAUGGGCUACACUUUACAUAAGUGGUUAAUACAUAAAAAGCUUCAUAAAUUGCGACAAUCGUGGUAUAUUUCUCUCUGUGUCUGAUGUGGGUUUAACACAAAGUUACUGAUAGUUCAGGAGAUAAGCUGGAAGUGGAGAAAAAUAGGCAAGUUCAGUACACAUGAUGCACGCUUGCUUUCACACAUAGCCAUGGUGUUAUUUUUAAGAUGUGAGGUGUUAUUGUUGAGAUGUGACUGCAUGAUAAAGUUCAAACCAUAUUCAGCAAAAUAAGUAAAAAUGUCAACUAUGAACAUAAGACAACUAUGAAUGUAAAUAAAUAAUUUAAAAAUGUAAUUCUUCUUCAUAGAGAAUUGCCAAAAAUAGAUGUUACAGUAUUUUUUGUUGUUGUGUUAUUUGUCCAAAGUAUUUCUUCAAUGUUUACA